AUGCACCGCCGAAAGUCCAGCAAGGAAGACUUAGACGACAGUGACACGUUUGUCCUCAUUCCAGAAAACAAUGAGCCAACGACGGCGCCUAUGUUGACAGCGGCGCCUGCUAGGCUUGGACUACCACAACUUGGUCCAGGAAUACCAGCGCGUCCACCAACAGUGAAACGUCCACCUAGCAUUUCUCUAAACUCACCGCCUACCUCUCCAUUCCGUGCAUCACAUGCUCGGGUACGAAGCAUAUCCUCGGGUCCAUUCGUGCCACCCGUGUCAUCUCCGCUCGCAAAUACGUUCCAUGUCCCACUUCAUCCGUUUGAGCCGGGUCAGGUUGACGACGCCGCAGAAGGACUCAGAGGACACGGACGAAGACACAGCCGAAUGCACUCGCGCAACUUAUCGUUUUUCUUUCCCCGCCCGCACGCAACCAUCUCUGAAGAUCUCCCUUCAGACGUCGAAUCUGCCCCAAAUAACAAUUCACAAUCCCAAAUCGACCUUCAUAUACCCGCAUCUCAAAGCGAGCCCCUUCAGAUCGGGCAUGACCGUACAGCUUCUUUUUCAUUCGGCUCCUCGGGCUCUAUGCUCAAGUCAAACUCUACAGGUGCAGUCCCAGCUGGCGUGACAGCACGUAGAGGUCAUCAUCAUAAACAUUCACUCUCUCAUAACUUCUUUUCUUUCCUUGAUCCUGCUCGUCAAUCACAACCAGAAGCAAAACCUGAGGAGUUGCAUACGGCUCCUACCCCUGCUCCGAUGUCCCCGUGGAGUCCGGCGAGCAACAUCCAAGGCGGAGAGAGCGCAGGCUCUGGCAACGUCGAUCUUACAACAGGCACAAGCUCUCGUUCCAGCUCAGCAUCCCCUGCACUCCCUCCCUCGCCUUAUUUCUCUUUGAAUCUACGCAAAGACGGUCUUUUGGCGCGAGUUGCAUGCGUACUGCAAUUCUGCUUGGGUGCGUUGCUCUGGGUGCGGGGACAGGCUAUCGGGUCGUUGGCUUGUACAGGCCUGGGGUAUUGGGUCGUGUUCGACGCAUUUGGAAUCGCAGUGGGCGGGCCUCUUCUUGGGAGAAGCAAGAGUGGUUUUGGCCCAGCACGCACACAAACAACUCUCCUCUUCGCCCAAUGUGUCUACCUCAUGUUCGCAGGCGUAUACGUAGCCAAAGAAGCUGUCGAACAUAUUCUGCUUUCUGCGGGACACGGGCACGGGCACGGGCGCCCUUCCCCUUCUUCUCCCGCUGCAUCAACGUUAACUUUGAAUGCAUCACCGAACGCAGCUGGAGGUAUCACGCGAGGCCUGGGUCUGCACGGCGCAGGUGAGAUGGGGAAUGAUGGACAUCAUCAUCAUUGGGGGGAUGAGAGACCUGAGAUGUUGGGACUGCAAUACCCCCUCGGUCUCGUUAUCAUGGUCCUCCUCUCGCUCCUUUUUACUUCCAUUGUGUUUGAGCACCACGAUGUGUUGGUUAGAGGAAGAGGACAAACGCAAGCGCCAUGGGAGAGAAUAUUGAGGAACCCAUAUGCUCUUCCUCCGAUUCUGUUUUGUGUGGCGAUUCUGGGGGGUGAGAUGGUUUUGAAUGUCGCACACUACACACCUUUCGACCUUUCUCUAGCAACUCUCCAGGUCAUCAUCACCACGCACGUCGCAUACACAGCGUGUAUAGUUCUAGGUGCAUCGUUCGGCAGCGUGGGUAGUAUAGGCACGAAAGGCAUGGGUGCAGGCGCAAAGGGCACAAAUAACCUAGAAUCUAAAAUGGAAUCGUUCUGGCGCGUCGUCCGCGAAAUCGAACGACAUGAACAUGUCACGAGUCUUCCUGCUCCGCAUGUGUGGCAGGUUCGUCCGCCUGGACAGGGGGAGAUGAGGUCUUCUGGGUUACGGUCUGCGCCAGUGUCUGCCUUCUCGCCGGCGUUCCCGUCUGCGCCACAAUCUGCUCUCUCACCCUCUGACUCUACAUCCCCUUUUUCCGACGUGCCAAGAGGGCCGGAACCGCAGUUGAUAAUCACGCUCUCACCACAUGUCCCUUCUUCGUUGCGUGAUGAGGAUGUAUUGAAGUUUACGCGAUGGGCAUGUGAGAGGGUCAGGGGGGCAUUUGUGGGUGAUGGAGUGAGAGGGGUUGGAGUGGAGGUUGAGGUGUGCGUGGGUGUUAUCAGGGAGUAG